AUGAGGAAGCCCGACAAUUCUGUGGGACCAUUUACACCAGAUGUGAUGAACUUCAAACUACCACAAAGAUUCACCUUACCAAUGACCCUCACCCCUUAUGACGAGCUCGGAGACCCAAAGAAGUUCCUCAAGAAAUUCCGAACAAUAAUGAUCGUUAACGGUGCAUCUGAUCCUAUUUUAUGCCGUUGUUUUCUGAAUUAUUUAGACGGUCCUGCACUUGACUGGCUUUGUGCUUUGCCUGCAGGUUCUAUCUCGCAAUUUCAGGAGCUGGCCAAACUAUUUGAAGAUCAUUUCGCUGGAUCUGCAAUUUAUCUGCAUGAUUCAGAUUAUCUGAAUACAAUCAAGCAGAAACAGAAUGAGAGCUUGAAAGACUAUAUGACUAGGUUCACGAAGGUCGCAAUAAGCAUACCAGACCUCCACCCCGAGGUCCAUCUGCAUGCCAUCAAGAGCGGAUUUCGGCCAGAAAAUUUCCAAGAGACCAUUGCGGUAGCCAAGCCAAAAACCCUUGCCGAGUUUCGUGAAAAGGCCAAGGGACAAAUUGAUAUCGAGGAGCUUAGACAAGCUCGGAAGUCCGACAAAGCAUACUACCGAGACGACGAUAAGACGCAAAAUAGUAAGAGAAAUUUCAAAAUAACCCCUCGAUUUGAUUCUUACACGCAGUUCAAUAUGAAGCGAGAGAACAUAAUCAAAGAGAUUCUGAACCCAAAAUUGAUCAAGCCACCAAGGAACGCCGGUACGUAUCAAGAUACCAAGAAUGUGGACAAAUCCAAAUAUUGCGCUUUUCACCAAAAGCAUGGCCACACCACUGACGAAUGUGUAGUGGCAAAAGACCUCUUAUAA